GUGUCCCUAGACGAAGUGUCAACUAGCAGCCAUGGGCCCGAGCAUGCAAUCAUCGAGGUCCUUCGCUGUCGAGCAACGGCCUGAAUUCAACAUCCCCUGAACAAACGCUAGAAUCUUCGAGCAAACCCCAAGCACAGCCCCUAUAUAUUGCUCCCUUUUCUACCCAAAUCUUGCUAUUUGCCUUGAUCGUGUUGUCUCGCUCUACGUGUUUUGGUGAAUCCAAGAAUCCACUAUUACGAAUUUCAUGGGGAAGAGUUACCCUGCUGUUAGCGAGGAGUAUCAGAAAGCCAUCGAGAAAUGCAAGAAGAAGCUCAGAGGGCUCAUUCAAGAGAAGCAUUGUGCUCCCAUUAUGCUCCGAUUGGCAUGGCACUCAGCUGGUACCUUUGAUGUGAAGACGAAGACAGGAGGGCCAUUUGGUACCAUAAGGCACCCAGCAGAGCUCGCCCAUGAGGCAAACAAUGGUCUUGACAUUGCAGUCAGGCUUCUGGAACCGAUCAAGGAGCAGUUUCCAAUAAUAUCCUACGCUGAUUUGUAUCAGUUAGCCGGAGUUGUGGCAGUAGAAGUUACUGGAGGACCCGAGAUUCCCUUCCACCCUGGGAGAACGGACAAAACUGAACCGCCUCCAGAAGGUCGCUUACCAAAUGCCACUAAAGGCUCGGAUCAUUUAAGGGAUGUCUUUGGUCACAUGGGUCUAUCUGAUAAAGAUAUAGUUGCUUUAUCUGGGGGCCACACGCUGGGAAGGUGCCACAAAGAACGCUCUGGAUUUGAGGGACCUUGGACACAUAACCCCCUCUUUUUUGACAACUCUUACUUCAAGGAACUUCUCAGUGGAGAGAAAGAAGGUUUGAUUCAGCUGCCGUCAGACAAGGCCCUCCUAAGUGAUCCAGUCUUCCGUCCUCUUGUUGAAAAAUAUGCUGCCGAGGAGGAUGCGUUCUUUGCAGACUAUGCUGAAGCUCAUCUGAAGCUUUCAGAACUUGGAUUUGCAGAUACAGAGUAAGAUCUAAUGAGAGACGUUGCUGUUUCUGCUUUUUCAAGUCCAGUCUUGAGCAGUGGUUCUUAUGCUUGUUUUAUGAGUAUUGAAGUGGUUUAUCACUUUUUUUUGGCCCAUAUAAUAGUCUGUCAGAGCUUAUCAUGGAGCUAUGAAUGAAAUUGAUAUGUCAUUGCAAUCACUGGCACCUGUUAAGUGAACUGUCGUAUGUCUUUGGUUUGAUAGUUGUUGAAUUGUGGAAGGGUGCCUAAAUAGACUUCAUUUUGAUUUA